AUGGAACCAGAAAAAAAGGACAUUUUGGAGAAAAAACCGGAAGAAAAGUUCAAUUUGAUGUCACUUCCAUUUGUGGCUUUCCGAAAAGUUAUGUAUCAAGCGGAGUUUUUUACAAUACUCAACCUCAGUCUUGUCUCCAAAAGAUCCCACGCCCAAGUGAGAUCAUGUGCUUUGCAAGUGACUGACGUGGAAUUGAAUCUGAAGAAAAGCUUCUCGAAUGAGUUGAAUGUGAUGUUCAAAGGGGAGAAGUACUCAUGGGGAGUCAUUGAGACUGUCAAUACAAAUGGUGCUGGCGUUUUUGUCAACCCUCACAACGACAUGCGCUUCAAGCCGAUAUGCUCCCGAAUCCUCGGAAUUCUCCACAAGAAAUCAGUGGACACCUUUCGUUUCGAUCGGAGCAUCACUCUAGAAGACAUAAAUGAAUAUUGGGAUAUGAUUGAGGAAGCGAAGAAUAUUUAUAUUGCUUCGGAUAUGUUGACGAGACCUGAAAUGGAUAUGGUUCUGGAGAAAUUCCAGAAAGUGAACUCCCUGUUUGUAGACCCUGCACUCCCUCUAUUCUAUCAAGGAUUCACGAAUCGAAAGUUCGAGAUACUGUAUCUGGAGGGACCGAAUGCCAUCACUCUCCCGGAUUUUAUGAAGAUAGAGACAGAUAUUCUAUUGAUGCAAGUCUCAAGAUUCGAGAAUUGGGAACUCAAUAUAUUCCUGAAAAAAUGGAUGGAACUUCCCAAGACGCCGGGGAAACUCGACCCUCGAGUCAUUCGAAUUUUCAAUAGCAGUGGUGAUAUCUCAAUGCUUCAAGACAUUAAAACAUACCCAUGGGAUCCGAGACACCGGAGUGAGUACUAUGUGAUCUACCUGGAUAAUGGAGUCAUGGCAAUCGAUUGUUCGAAAGGAUUUGAUCUUGUUAGAGGGGAUGGAAGAAUUGCAACUGUUUUGAUAAAGGAGACCAGUUUUGACUUCUUGGUGUGGGAACACCAAUUUCAUGAUGUUCCGAGGAAUGCUAUUCUUUGUUGA